UAUACGUUGUUAGUCGUCGUCGUGCGCGUUAUAUUAAUGUAAUAUUAGCGACUACCGGUAUAGUCUCCCGGCGCUCCAUCGAUUAAUACAAACGUGUACGUAAUUCAAUAACAUACAUGGUCCUUAUUUUUUUUCGUAUAAUCAUCUAUUCACGUCUCGACACCACGCGAACUCUGACUGCGGUUUUUUGCGAGUAUAUUAUACCUAUAUAAUAUAUAUGACACACUUGAGUAUAAGUAUAUCAGAUACCCGGUGGCCGGUGGAGAGUUGCUUCUAGGUAUAUACGUAAGUAUUAUAAUAAUGCAUCGAACGACGUCGUAUUCGAAUACCGCCGUUCUGUUUGCGUUCCUGUGGGUAACGAUCCCGUUGAGGCCAUGCCUGUGCUACAACGCCGACUGUGAUUUCACUGAAAGUUACGAGGAGAUAAUCACAGUCAGCAUCAAUGAACCGGUGCAAGUUACCAAGUAUAAAUGGUGCUUGGACAUACCACCGAGAUGUCCGGACAACAAACGAGAGUUCAGGAUCGUACACAGGAACGUUUCAGUACCUAAAAUGCGUAAGGUGAAGAGAUGUUGCAAGGAUCAAAUCCAGUUGUACGAUACUUGUGUCCCGAGAUGUGCCGACGACCAGUGUCCAAAUAUUCAAUGUGCACCAGGUACUGACAGAUGCAAAUGCAAGUCCGGAUACAUAGGUCAUUUAUGUAGACAAAAGUGUGACAUCGGGCGCUGGGGCUUGAACUGUGCGAACGCCUGCGACAAGGCGUGCCCGGACUGCGACCACCGCACCGGGUGCUGCAAAACGGCCGGCAGCGGAUUGUCGAUUUUCUGCGGCGGCGGCACCGGUCGGCUGCCCGCCCGGCAGACAGUCGCUGUCGCUGUCGGAGGCGGCGGUGGCAGCAACGGCACCGUACGCAAAGCCGACGACGGCCGCAACGGCGCCGUACGCAAAGCCGACGACGACCGCAACGGCGCCGAACGCAAAGCCGACGACGGCCGCAACUGCACAUCCGAACGCAAGACAGACGAGGUUGUGGCAGACCGUUCGAGCUCGGCACGAUUCCGGAUGCUGAGUACUACCAUACGACUCCAGACGGCCACGUGGGAACCCACAGUUGUGGACGAGGCGAACGGGACGAAUAUCGAAAACGGCACCGUGGACGCAGGAAAACCGGCGGCGGCGGCCGAAGCGACGUGGACUCCACUGGAGGCGACGGCUUUGAAGUACGACGAGCUGGUGAUGAAGCUCGUGUGGAUAUUCGCCAUGACCGUGGUGGCCAUCGCAAUGGUGUUCGUCAUCAUGUUCGUUGUGUUCUUCAACUGUUAUGGGGCGACCAAACCGGAAAACGCAAACACCGCGGCCGCCCGAAACCCGUGGCCGCAGCAGAGCACCGACAAAGUCCACGAAACAUGUAUCACAACACACAACCUAUGUCAUGUGCCGCCAGAUAGAUAUACAAAGACCCCUACACUAUAUGCGUCUACCAAUGUUGAUUUACCAAUUCAUCCAGAACUAUUUUGUCCAGUGUUCUCAGCACCUCAUUACACAGGUGGAUCGUCACUAUAUGAUUCUCCACAACCAUUGUAUGAAAUUUUAUGUUGAUCAACAUUAAAUAUUGAUUUUACAUAAUAUUAUUAUUCAUAAUUAAUUUCUAAGAUUUAUGAAUAAGUAAGUAGGUAAGUAAGUAGUUUUCUAUAAUUGUGUAAUAAACAUUACAUUAAACUAUUAAAGAUUCGUUAAUUAUUUAUACUAU